UUUUGUGAACCCUUCUGACCUUUGCAAUAAAAGAAAGUUUGUCGAUGAGGUUGUUGGUCUUGGACUGUUGGCGACCUUUGCGGAAACCAAAGUUGUUCACCACGACCUAUAUAAAAAGCAAUUGCCAUUCAAAUCAAUCAGUCGACAAAAUGAAGAGCUACAGCACCUUGUCCCUGGUUUUUCUCGCCGGUUUUCUAUUAUUAGUUGCCGUUUCAGGUAACAAGACAACAGGCAAUGAAGACACACCGUUUUUGUCGUCUACCAUUGAUGUCAGCAAUGCUUCAGAGACUCGGCCAGCAUCAGCACCGGUAGCCGCUACUGCCAGCGAAGAGGACAAGAAAUUGCUGUUACCUAUACUGGCUAUGAAGCCGCUGGUUAUCGCUGGCGGUUUACUGGCUGGUGGGAAGUUAAACCAGAAGAGACCUUCAGUGCCGAGCCCGGCAGUCGCAGCCGCUAGACCCACAUCAGCAGUCAACAAUAACGUUUUGGUGGUGAUCGAUGACAACAUGCAGCAGCAGCAGCUCGUGCUGGAAAAGAGCGAAGAUGAUGAUGAUGAGCCCAGAAAAUUGCUGAUCCCGAUGAUGGCCAUGAAACCGCUGUUACUCGUCAGUGUGUUGACCGGCGCAAAGCUAGUUAAAUUACCCGCCAUAUCGCCACCGAAAAUCGGCAUCACAAUUACUAAACAUGAAUAUCCCGAAAAAUUUGCUGACGACAUUAUUAUGUCUAACACGCCAAUAUAAACCGAUUCA